AUGGUGGAUGUUGGCGCGGAAAAGGAGGGCCUCAUACCUAUCUCGAUGAUGGGAGCUGCUGCGGGCCCGGGAUCUGCAGGCAGUUGCUUCGACUGCGUUCGUGAAGGUGAAGAAGUCGACGUCUGGGUGAGUGAGAUUUCCCAUCCAGAGGACCUGCGGCGCAGCAAGCUCGUCCUCUCGAGAGAGAGACUUCCGAAGCAGGCUGGGAAAGUGGCCAAUGUCACCCAAUUCCAGUCCAAACUGGGGAAGGUCUGGUUCAAUGGCACGGUCAGCCGACAGCAAGCUUAUGGCAUCUUUGUGCAGAUCGAGGCACCUGCAGGCGACGGGUUCAUCGAAGGUCUCGUCCACCGAACGGAGUGCACGAGCAACGAGACGGUGGGCAGCGAAGUGCAGGUGCGGGCUGUGCGCCUGGAUCCCGAGAAGAACCAUCUCUACCUCUCCAUGCGGCCUGCCUCCGACAAAGGGGUCGAAGCCAGGCUCGCCGCCUUCAAGGACCUGGCGAAAGCUCGCCAGGUCCUGCCGGGCACCGUGCUUCGUCAAAGUGGGAGGUUUGGAGCCUUCGUGGAGGCCGACAGGGGUCUGAGGCAUAUCUAA